AAAUAUUGAUGUUUUUGGGUUUUGUUUUGUAAUUUGUUUAUCUAACACUAACAAAACCUUCAUGGACCUAGUAAUGCCUUAAAAUGUCUGAAACAACAAGUCACCAAAUUCCUGGAUUGACACAGAAAAAGGUAUUUAAAAUAAUCGUCCUGGGCGAUUCUGGUGUGGGGAAAACGUGCCUCACAUAUCGCUUCUGUGAAGGCCAAUUCUUAGAUAAGUCGGAAGCUACAAUUGGUGUAGAUUUUAGGGAACGUACAAUUCUUAUAAGGAAUGAAGAAAUUAAGCUCCAGCUGUGGGACACAGCUGGCCAAGAGAGGUUCCGCAAAUCCAUGGUUCAGCAUUAUUACAGGAAUGUACAUGCUGUGGUAAUUGUUUAUGAUGUAACCAAACCAGAGACCUUUCAUUCAAUAGUUAGCUGGAUGCAGGAAGUGGAAUCCCAUGGACUUACAAACUCCCCACGUGUCUUGGUUGGGAAUAAAUGUGACUGUGGCACACCAGAGUCUAGGUUAGCCACCACAUAUGCUCAGCGUGCUGCAGAUAAGUAUGGCAUGCCUCUGUUUGAAACUUCAGCUUUAUUGGACUCGGAAUGUGACAAUGUGGAAUCAAUAUUUAUGACAUUAGCACAUAAACUGUAUUCGAAGCAGCCUUUGAGGGUAGUCAGUGUUGAGGGUGACCAAAGUUAUGGCGUGGUGACAUUACCACGACACAAAAGUCGGGCUGCGCCGCCUCCGCGCGACUCCUGUCUAUGUAGUUAAGCUUUUAGCUCGCAGGAACAACUGUGGCAACAUUCGUGUCUACUGAAGGCUUCAGGCUCUCUAAACCUCAUAAAGUACCUGUAUAAUUGAGGCUAUAUGUAACUGACUGUGUGUCACAAAUGAGCAUUUAUG